CUUAGAAAUUUUAAUUUAAUUCGAUUGUCGAUUGGUAUCGAAUCGUUUAUGAUGGCAAUGUUUAAUAAACAUAAUGGCGAUUCAAGCAGCUCUGAAGAUGAAAUAUCAAAAGAUGCAUUAAAAGAAGCGAUAGAUCAUCAAUUUCUGAAGAAUGACUAUUUCUCCAACGAAAAAUUUCAAAAUUCAGAUGUUUCAAAGAAAACAGAUGAACAUAAUAAUUUGACAGAAGACAUUCAUGUGAGAAAUCCCGUGUCAUUAAGAAAGGAUUUAAAAGAAAAAAAAACAUUUUCCAAUUUUGGUGUGAGUCCAACAUUUCAAAGUUUUGUUGCAAAAAAAUUGGAUGAAAUAAUAGAGAAAUCAAUCAAAAUAAAAAAGAAAGUAAAUAGUAUUAUAAAUGAGAAAGAAGGCAAAGACAAUAAUUAUGGUAUAAAGUUACUGAAUUCCUCUGUGGAGUUUUUAACGACUGAAGAAGAAGAUGAAAAGCCUCAAAGAAAAAGAAAAAUUGAAGCAACUAUGGAUGAUGAAACAAAUUUGUUAAAAUGCAAACAAGUAGCUGUGAAUCCUGAACAAAUAUUAUCAAAAGUAGAGACUAAAGCUUGGACAAGUAGAAGGAAAGGACCUGAAUUCAAUUACAAACAAUUGAAGAAUGGUGUAAUGUACGACCUUGUAUAUAUACUUGUCCACGAUGUGAAAUAAGAUAUUGCAGCUCUAUUUGCUAUAAAUCAGAAGCACAUUCAGAAUGUUCAGAAAGUUUCUAUAAACAAUGUGUAAUAGAUGAAAUAAAGUCUCACGGAAAAGACACAGAGGAUAGAAAGAAAAUGUUAGAAAUUCUCAAAAGAGUACAUGAGGAAGAUAUAAAAAAUAUGGAAGCAUUAGCAAGCGAUGAUGAGAUUGAUAAUGAUGAGUUAGAAGAAGAACUUGAUUCAGAUGAUGACAAUGAUAUACCAGAUUUAGAAAGGAGGCUUCAUAAUAUAAAUUUAGAUAAUGCAGAUGAAGUAUGGUCUGCAUUAACAGAUGCUGAAAAGCAGGAAUUUGAAGCUCUGAUAAAAAAUGGUGAUGUAGAGAAAUUUUUACCUAAAUGGAUUCCAUGGUGGACAUAUCAUACUAAAAAGAAACUUGUGCAAGAUAUGGAUCAAAAAGAUGAUGAACAACAAUUGAAACUGCCUCCUCUAAUAGAUGUUCCAAUACUUAAGGCAUUGCAAAAAGCUUCUCCAAAUAUUGAGUUUAAUGUAGUAAAUGUAAUGUAUGCAUAUGCAUACAUGGCGAACUAUCAUAAUGGUGACUAUUUAAACUGUCCAUUAGAAGCUACGAUUGUCUUUCUUGAUCUUAGUGAUAAUAUGAAACUUAAUACAGUCUAUGAAAAUUCAGAAUCAGCAAUAGCUUCUGUUGUUCACAAAAUUACUAAUUGUAAUUGGUUAUCACAAGAUGAACAAACUGUAUUAGCUUUUAAGGAAGCUGGUAAUACAAUAAUGCAAGGACCUGAUAAGAAGAAUGAAUAUCUCUAUGUUGCUGUUGCACUUUCAGAAUUACACAGAUUAUUAACAAUGACAACAGAAGAAAUAUUGAAAUAUAGAAGUAAAAACGCGAAUAAAGAAUUUUUCAAAAAAUUUGUUCAAAGGAAUAACGUGGAUAAUAUAAAUUUAUCAAGAAAACAGCUUCUUUUACACCUCAAGAAAUUGGAAUACUAUUUAUCAUGGAUUAAAAAUCGCCAUAUAAAUACUUGUACAUAAAAUUAUUUAACAAUUAAUGAUUCAUUGUGAGAUACUUUUAAAUAGAUUUUAAAUUUUUAUAUUUCCAACCAUAAUUUCAUGAUUAAAGAAAAUUCACUCACCGAAUCCUCUUCUUUAGCAGUAUAUCUUCUCAAUAAUUCCACUUUUCAUACAUUUAACAUGACAACACAAAUUUUUCAAACAUUAAAAUUAAGAAUUAAUCUGCACGUUAACAUACAUGUUAUUGCUGUUAAAAAAUGCAAAAUUCAAACUCUAACUUCGAUAAAUGGAAUCGAUAUAUCGAUUUCUUAUUUAUCUUAUCACGAAUAUAAUCGCAAAUCUAUUCUAAUAUUUCGGGCGUGAAUUUUAAAUACAAAGAUAUUUUAAUAUUUUAGCUUAUUAUAUGCUAUUUACUUAUAAUAUACUACUCAUUUUUAGUGAAAAGAACAUUACUCGUGAUAAAUUUGAGUUAAUAUUCUUUCAUAGUUAGCAAUUUUGCUAAUACUUAAUCUAUUUAUUAAAUUUUUAAAGUAAUAAAACGUAUUUUAAAAUUAAUUAGAAAUUAUUCCACUCGUUAUAAAUUUUUAUUAAACUAAUUAAUUUAUAUGUAUAUAUAUAUAACACAUCACACAAAUGAUUGUUGAUUAAUUUUUAUCUUCUUAAUUAUCGCAUUGACAAAAUUGAAUUCCCUAAUUUACUUUUUGGCUUGCAUUGAAUUCCUAAAACUGUUACUACACAGUUAAUUAUAUUUUAUAUUUAUAUGAAAGAAAUAUUAAUAUAUAAAUAUAUUGCAUUGUAACAUUAAUAUAUAAACAUAAAUAUAUUAACAGUUAAAACUUAA